AUAAAAUUUAUCCUGCAAAAUGUGCAGUACUAAUUAAUAACAAGUGAUUUACUUGUAUAUAAUUAACAUUAAUUAAUUAAGCAAUACCUCCACAUAUAUAUUCGACGUUUAUAUAAAUUUCAUUUACAUUUAUCGCGCCGGAAAGUGCCGAGUUUGAACAUCAGCCACUAGGAGGUGUCACGUUCUGUAUUUAUUUUGAGUAAGUGCAAGUAAUGAACAACAAUAAAGAUUUGAAAAUAUUUGAAUUUAAAUAGAGCUUCUUGCCAAUUAAUUAACUAACAUGUCAAGUAGUUGCAAUGACGUGAUACUCUGUAAAGGAUUGAGCGAAAAAAAUGAAAGCCAGGAAGAAUAUGUUAAAUAUUUGAAAACAUCUGGAUACAAUUGCCGAGUAUUGAGGACACUGAGCUUUGAAUUCAUAAAUCUAGAUCAUCUGAAAGAAUGUUUGCUCCAUCCUGAAUCAUACUCUGGUUUUAUAUUCACUAGUCCGAGAACAAUCGAAGCGAUAAAUUCAGCAGUAGAAAAUCUUGAUGAUUUAUGGAAAAAAUUGCCAGUGUUCUGCGUAGGACCGUCGACAGAAACUCUAGCAAAACAAUGUCUCAAGUUGAAUUUAUGCGAAGGAUCACAUUGUGGUAACUCCCGUGAGCUGGCAGACUACAUUAUAAAUAAAUCUGAAAAAAAUAACAAACCGCUGCUGUAUCCCUGCAGCGAAAUAUCACGAGACACGAUUGAAAAAGUUUUAACGACCAAUGGAAUUAAAUUUUUGAAAUUAAAUGUAUAUAGAACUCUAGCCGCGGAAUCGCUCAGCGAAGAUUUGUCGAGAAUUAUUACAAACGACUGGCAAAUUUUUGUAUUUUUUAGCCCGUCUGUCGUUGAAUACAUUUUGAAUGCUGCUAAAAAACGAUCACUAUCAUUAGCUAAAGUUAAAUCUGUAGCAAUUGGACCCGUGACUGCAGAGGCUUUGGCCAAAGCUGGAUUACCUGUUGCUGCUACCGCUGGGAAACCAGACCCCGAGUCUCUUCUAGAUGCAAUAAAAAAUCUAAACUUUGGGACGUAAUCAUGUGGAUUAAAAUA